AUGGUUAAUAGAAACCAAAAUGCUGACGAAGUGAUUCACAGGGUUAGGCAGAAUAAUCAGAUGGAGACAAAUCUAACUGCUAUGAUAGAGAGGAUUAUGGCCCAAAAUGAUCUGAACAUCGGACUUCGAAGGCCGAAUUAUAUAUCUCCUUUAUCAGAUUAUGUUUUACAAACUGAACUACCUAGGGGUCACAAGGUCCCUAAGUUCACUAAAUUUUCAAGGGAUACUAGUAAAUCUACCACAGAGCACAUAGCCAGGUACAUGACAGAGGCUGGAGAUUUGGCGAACAAUGAGGAUCUAAGGAUGAAGUAUUUCCCCAAUUCUCUAACCAAGAACGCUUUCACAUGGUUCACGAUGCUACCACCAAAUUCUAUAGAUACUUGGGCUCAGUUAGAGAGGUUGUUCCAUGAACAAUUCUAUAUUGGUCAAACCAAUAUAAGUCUCAAAGAAUUGGCCAGUAUUAAAAGGAAGUUUACGGAACCCAUAGAUGAUUAUUUGAACAGGUUUCAUCUGUUAAAGACUAGAUGCUUUACAGUGGUGCCUAAACACGAAUUAGUCGAAAUGACCGUUGGAGGCUUAGAUUACUCUAUUAGGAAGAAAUUGGACACACAAUAUCUCCGAGAUAUGGCCCAAUUGGCUGAUAGGGUUCGCCAGGUUGAAAGAUUAAAAGCUGAGAAGGCUAGAGCGAACAAAAGUUAUAAAAAGGAAAGGGUUACCUACGUCAAAGUAGACGAAGGAGAACCAAAGAUUUAUGAGGACCAAUAUGGGUUCAAAGAAUGCGAAGUGGAUCUAGCCAAAUUAAAGGAAGCAGGCCCUUAUACCUGCAAGAUGAUCACACCAUCAAAUGGGAAAAAUCCCGUUGAAAUUGAAAAGAAGUUUCCUAAGAAAACAUAUACAUUCGACAUAACUAAAUGUGAUGAAAUAUUCGAUUUGCUUGUGAAAGAUGGCCAAAUGGUUUUGCCUCCUAACAUUAAAAUUCCUCCGUUAGAGCAACGGAAGAAGAGAGGCUACUGUAAAUGCCACAAUUUUUUGGGCCACAAAACCUCACAGUGUUUUCUUUUCAGGGAUCUUAUUCAAAAUGCGAUCAAGGAGGGACGUCUGAAGUUUGCAGACAAAGGAAGAAAUCAAAUGAAGAUAGACGCUAAUCCCCUCAAUAUUGCUGACACAAAUUACACUGAGCCUAUUGGAAUUGACAUGGUUGACAUGGUUGAAGUUGAGGCAAGAGGGAACCCAGGAGAUGAAGAAGAUGUCCAAGUUGGAAAAUAG